AGUUUGCGCUUGCAUGAAUUAUGUUAUAAUCUACAUGUAUCAUUCGCCGCAAGCGUGGUUUAAGAGGAAUGCGCGUCUCAGGACGACUGGAGUGAAACGGAAGGCCAGCUUCAAGCUGCUGCUGCCGUGGCGGCGCGGCGGCGCGGCACCAGGAGCAGGCGCAUCCAAGGGCGCACCUCGGCGGCAGCCGGCGGCGGCGAGGACAUCGGUGGCAAGGGCGGUGGCUCACGCAGUGCUGUGCUCCGGAGGGAGCAGAAGGACGAGCCACGGAGACACGCUCAUAUUUGUUCGCGAGGAGUAAGUUGCGGCACGCGUUGAUAGACCCGUAGUGGGUCGGAUGGUGUGUGGGUUGUGGGCUGAUGGAGACGACAAGGAUAAGUAUGGCAUGUCUUCGGCAUUGCCAGCGUGGUAGGAAAGCGCAUUAAUG